CCGAGGGCUCCGAAGCGGAAGUGGGUCGCUGUCGAGGCGGCGGCAUCUUGCUCGAGCGGCUCUCCUCCGCGGCUGGAGAAGGCGCUCCCUCUCUCGAGUGCGACGGCGGCGGCGCCUGCGGACCUAGCCAGCUCCAGGUUAGGCCGGGCGUUGCGGGAAGGCAACGGAAGGACUUGAAAAUACUGGAAAUCUGUCCAGAUCCAAAUUCUUCUGCAAGCCAGAUGAGUAACCAGAGGGCAUGAAAGGUUGAGAACACUUGACUUCCCUGCAAACCUGGGCAUAGAUCACUUCCUUUUCUGUACAUUGGCACCAAAGAGCACAAUGAGUACGAGAAAGCGUCGUGGUGGAGCAAUAAAUUCUAGACAAGCCCAGAAGCGAACUCGGGAAGCAGCCUCCACCCCGGAGAUUUCCUUGGAAGCAGAGCCCAUAGAACUCGUGGAAACUGCUGGAGAUGAAAUUGUGGACCUCACCUGUGAAUCUUUAGAGCCCGUCGUUGUUGACCUGACUCACAAUGACUCUGUUGUGAUUGUUGACGAAAGGAGAAGACCAAGGAGGAAUGCUAGGAGGCUACACCAGGACCAUGCUGACAGCUGCGUGGUGAGCAGUGAUGAUGAAGAGUUGUCCAGGGACAGAGACGUGUAUGUGACUACCCACACUCCCAGAAACACCAGGGAUGAGGGCGCUACAGGCCUCAGGCCCUCUGGUACUGUCAGCUGUCCGAUCUGCAUGGAUGGAUACUCAGAGAUUGUGCAGAAUGGACGUCUCAUCGUUUCCACAGAAUGUGGCCAUGUCUUCUGUAGCCAGUGCCUCCGUGAUUCCCUGAGGAAUGCUAAUACUUGCCCAACUUGCAGGAAAAAGAUCAACCACAAACGGUACCACCCCAUUUAUAUAUGAAGUGUUCAGAGCUGCUCAGGGGAGACGGCCGGCCGGCCGGGUUCUCCAGUGGUACCUAUCUGCCUCCGUUUUCCUGAGCUCAAAAAGACUGUUGAAACCAACGCCCGAUAUGUAAACUGCUCUUCUGUUUCCAACCCCUUCCUUUGUUAUCUCCAGUUGGAUGCCAUGGCGCUGGACCCAGGACCCUCCCAGGUCAUCUCUAUUCCUCUGGGGUGGUCGGGAGAAGGGGAGGUCAGGCACAUUGUACUUGGGAAUCGUGGUUCUAGUCUGGUUGGAGAACGUGCGCAGUUGCCAAGAAAUUUUCCCUGUUUGGAAAGUUUGCCCCAGCUGUCCCGGGCACCCCACCUCGUGUCCCAAGUGUCUGCCGGUUGACCAGUCUGCCUGCCCACACAUUGACCAAGCCAGACCUGGUUCACCCAGCUCGAGGAUCCCAGGUGCAAGAGAGGCCCCUUGAGGCCCUGGGAAAGGCCAGUCACUGGACUUCUUCCCUUGAGGUCGCCAUGGUUCCACCUGCACCUUGUCACCGAUCUGCAGUGAUUUCUGCAAAAAGAGAACUGCAGGGCAACCCCCGUUCUCUAAGAAGGAAAAAGUGCAAUAAAGGCCGUUCUUGCCCUGCUUUUCAGCAGCCUGCAAGGUGUAGCACCGUUAGCACCCCCCUCAGAGGCCUAAUGUUGCUUGCGGAGCAGUGCCCAUCCCAGCCCUUUUCUGCCCACCAGCUGUUCUCAGGAACCUUACCCACGCUCCAGCGUCCUUCACCUGGCACAGGACGUGCAGGUCAAAUAGGGCAGGCACUUGUGUGGGUGUCCUCUCCUUUCUGAUAAAAUCUAUCCUGUGUUCACGCACCCUCCAGUCCUCAGAUCCUCAGUUCCCACUGCCUAAUGUCUGCCCCCGCAUAGAUGCUGAGAGGUGGUGGCAGUAGUUGUGGCCUUAUCAGCUGCUCAGUUCCAGGCUUUUGCCCAAGGCACUGUUGCCCCAUGUUUCAGAGAACCUGGCCCACCUGACUUGGCUUUCUCAUCCUUCCCGACCCAGUGGCAUUUAUUUCAGAAACUACUGGGCUUGGAUCCUUUGGGCUUUGGACUACUCCAUAGGUUUUGAUUGGUAAACACGGUGGCUUAUCCCCCACAGGAACCCAGAUGACAACCUCUCCUUCACUCCGCAGGUGUGUGGGAGCCUUGGGUUCUCUCAAGAGGCAGCAAAGUGCCCCUGACAGCAUAGGGCCUGGGGGUGGCUAAUGAGAGAGGCCUUAGAGUGCCAGCCUGCCUCCUCUUCCUCACUCCUCCUUCCUCAGAGAGCUUCACGCCAAACCAACGGGCUUUUCAUGUGAAACAGCUUCAGAGUGGGAAAGGGGCCACUUCUGGCUUUGUUAGCAAUAACUGACCUUCAGUUUACCCUUCUGAAGGAGCAGGAACUCAGCACAGAGCUCACUUUAAAUGGGGCUGAAGGAGUGUCCCUCCUCUAUGUGAAAAGAACAUUGUUUUAUUCUUCAUUCUGACUUUUUAACUGUUUGGCUCAGUUAGUUUGAAUGAAAAUCAUAAUUUUCUACCUGGAAUUGAAGAGGGCAGGAGGCUCACCUCUCAUUGUCAUGAUGUGUAGCGUGUCUGCCCUCUGACUGGACAUCAUUGCCAUUAACUUUCUUCUGGGCGUCAUGGCAGCAUCAUGAUGCCCAGACUUGGAGCAAGGCAACCUUGGAGCCAGUCCACGAAUAAAAUAUGGUAACACCCAUUUUUAAAUUUCUUUAAGUUUUAUCCUUAAAGAUAACUCAAAUGGUUGAUUAUGAAAGUUGUAUUACUUCGUCCUAAAUUAAAUUGGUAAAAAAACUUUUUUAAUGUGUUUGGUUUCUACUAUUCAGAAACUGCAAACUAGGAAAAGGUUGGUAUGAAAAAAUCUCUCUCCUUUUUUCAAUGUACAUAGUUCAGCUUUUUCUUUGUUACAUUUAAACUAUAUCCAUGGAUAUCAGUCUGUUUUGGACUCCUCUGCUAGUGUUAAAGAUGGAAAUAAAACCAUUAAUUUGAACCAAA